AUUUCAGUGUGGGGCGUUCGAAUCCCGCAUUCCCAGAAGCACAUUCCAUAGGAGUGGCGGUCGGCGUGCGCGGAAGGUAUCACGCUAGUGACCGCUAGCGAAGAACAAGAAAGAAAAGACCAGAGAAAGCGCAAUAGAGCGGCGUUGAAGCGCCGAUCGAGAGAGAACGAGAUCGUCGAAUCAUCGCCUGGCGGCUGGCGGCAACGGUGGUGGCGGCGGCCGACGCGACGUCAUGCUAGCAGUGAACGACGCGCUGCUCCCGCUGGUGCUACUCUUUUUGGUAUGAGAUCCUCGGUGGCGGCUGCGACGGCUACGACGACAACGAAGACGACGACGACGCAUCUUUCCCCGCGGUUGUCGAUCGAUCCGAACAAGGUACCGACGGUCACCGUGCACUCUACAGACGGUCUAUCACCGAAUACGCGAGUUCUCAUCACAAAGCUUGAGCGUACUAUGUUACGAAAAAGUCGAUCGCUGAUGUCAUUGAUAUUUGGUGGUCGAAAGAAAGCAAAAGAUGAACAUGGACGGCCUACUAAUGUUUCUGAUGCUUCAAUAUUACAUGCGCUCAUCGUCAUUUUUCUCGAAUACUUCGCAUGGGGACUGCUUACGGUCCCAGUUAUUAACGUUCUUGCGGAAACGUUUCCAAACAACAAGUUUUUGAUGAAUGGUUUGGUCCUUGGAAUAAAGGGCAUUUUAUCCUUUCUAAGUGCUCCACUUGUCGGAGCACUAUCAGACGUAUAUGGUAGGAAGAUAUUCCUCAUUCUUACGGUAUUCUGUACGUGUAUGCCUAUACCUUGUUUGAAGAUAAGUCCUUGGUGGUACUUCGCAUUGUUCAGCAUCAGUGGUUUAUUCUCUGUGACAUUCAGUGUCAUUCUAGCGUACGUUGCUGAUAUUACGGAAAAGCAGGAUCGCUCUGCAGCAUACGGGCUCGUGUCGGCAACAUUCGCAGCAUCAUUAGUCACUUCACCCGCACUUGGUGCUUGGAUAUCGGACUAUUAUGGUGAUGGUGCCGUGGUUUUACUAGCAACGAUCAUCGCUAUUAUCGAUGUCUUGUUUAUCGUAUUCCGAGUACCUGAGUCGUUGCCUGUGAAGCGACCAGCGAGUGACGUUAUAAGUUGGGAAAGUGCAGAUCCGUUCGGUACAUUACGUCUAGUCUGGGAAGAUAGACUGGUGCUGCAAUUAGCUUUGAUCGUAUUUCUUUCGUACCUUCCCGAGUCGGGCCAGUUUUCUUGUUUCUUCGUCUAUUUGAAGCUGGUUGUCGGUUUUUCUCCCGAAGCGGUAGCUGCUUUCAUAGGACUGGUUGGAAUACUAUCAGUUGUUGCUCAGACUGGUGUUUUGCAAGUGCUCACUACCUAUUUUGGCAUGAAACAUGUGAUAACCUUGGGGCUGCUGUUCCAACUGGUACAACUCACGUGGUAUGGAUUGGGUACACAAUAUUGGAUGAUGUGGGCAGCUGGCGUUAUGGCUGCUAUGAGUAGCAUAACUUACCCUUCUAUUAGUGCUUUUGUGAGCAUACUAUCCGACAAAGACAAACAAGGCACUGUUCAAGGUGUCGUGACAGGAAUCAGAGGGCUCUGUCAAGGUUUUGGACCUGCUCUUUUUGGUUUUAUCUUUUACCUGUUUGAUGUUGACUUGAAUGUCGAUGGAGAAGCAACUGGUGGUCAUGCAGUACAAUUUCCAGUAGUCAGAUUGCGACCUCCUCAACCGCAGGAGAAAAUACUGACACCCACCAGGAAUGAUACUCUUUGGGUGGCAGAACGACCAGCGUUCACGUGGCAGUUGAUACCUGGUCCUCCAUUCUUAGCUGGAGCAAUAUUAGUGUUGUUAGCGCUGAUGUUCAACUCUGCUCUACCAGCAACUCCAGGAGCAAGUAAAUACUUCCGAAGGUCACCCACACAUUCGAGGCAAUCUUCUGAUACAGCACGAUUAUUGCACACGGAUAAUGGACAUUGCUGACUUUCAAGCUAGCUGAGAUUUACAUUAUUACAGGUUGAUAGUCACUUUUUCAUUAGUAAUAUUGUGUUCAAUUAAACGGUUAACGUGCAGAAAAACAGUCAGUAAAAACUGCCUGAAAGGUACAUAUCAUGUUCUAUACUUAUAGAAAUAUGUUGAUUGAAAUAGUCUACGUGGUUGUUUUCCAUUUGGUUCAUGUUGUCAUCUUUCCAUUGUUUCCAUUUACUCAGUGUGGGUCUGUUUACCAGUGUACUUUGUGAAUUUUGUUGUUUUCGCGUUUUCAUGUCCUUCUCAUCAUGUUUCUCUUUCGUUGUUAUGGUCGCUAGCUCUUUAUCCUCUGCGGAGACGCCAGUCAGGUUUCUUGCAUUAUACAGUUGUGCUAACCAUGGUGUAUAUUUUGGAUUGGAAUCGGAAUUGCUAUAGAUUUCACAUUCUUCUAAUUGUUGUUGCUUAUUAGCCCUUUGAAAUGUGAACCUGAGAAAAUAUCUUGAACCUAAGAAAAUUUAUUUUCUGUGUAAUGCUAUCUUAUGAGCAUAACUCUAUUAAAUGAAUGUGAUGAACUUUCCACUUGUCAUAUAGCAUGAAAUUGUAUCCACAUGCGACUAUCACACUAAUGGGCAUGAGAUUUUACUAUUUCUAUGUCGAGUUUUUAAUUGUUGGAAAUG